UUUGCAGUUUGUACUUGACUUGAUGUGGUUUUGCUCUCUUGGUUCCUGUUUCGUUGCAGAUGUCAUUCAUAUAGCUGUGGAAGGCUAUUUUAUCAGCUCUUGUGGAGUCUUUCCCCUGCAUACACCACCCAAGGCUGGAGCCAUUGUGGAGGAAAAUGGAGCCUGUAGAUCUCCUGGUGUUUGCCUCUAUAGAAAUGAGUAGUACAGCAGUCACCUUGGCUUUGCUGGCAGUCUUCCUGGUCCUGCUAUAUUGGUACUCCACGUCUGCAUUCUCCAGACUAAGCAAAGUAGGGAUCAGACAUCCUCCACCUCUUCCCUUCAUUGGAAACCUGCUCUUUUUCAGUGAGGGUUUUUGGGAAAACCACACAAAACUCAUAAGAGAGUAUGGACCUGUUUGUGGGUAUUACAUUGGUCGCCAGAUGUUUGUGGUGGUGUCUGCACCAGAGAUGAUCAAGCAAAUCUUAGUGACAGACUUCAGUAACUUCACCAACAGAACUAAGCCGAACUUGAUUUCCAAGCCAAUGCUUGACAGCAUCCUUUGUCUUCGUGAUGACAGAUGGAAGUAUGUGCGGAGCCUCCUGACCCCAGCCUUCAGUGAUACCAAACUGAAAGAGAUGACACCGCUAAUAAACCAGGCCUGUGAUGUCCUGCUGUGUAACUUGAAAGUCUAUGCAGAUUCUGGCAAAGCUUUUGAUAUCCGGAGGUGUUACAACUGCUUUACCUUGGAUGUUGUUGGUAGUGUAGCUUUUGGUACUGAGGUGGAUUCUCAGAAGAAUCCUGAUGACCCCUUUGUUAAAAACUGCAGAACAUUCUUCGAGAUGUCCUUGUUUAAGCCUCUCCUCAUUCUAAUACUUUCUUUCCCAUUCAUAAUGAUACCAUUGCUCCGGAUUUUACCAAACAAGAAACAAAAGGAACUGAAUGGAUUUUUUAUUCAAACUGUAAAAAAUGCAAUUGUCUCCAGACACCAGCAAGAUGCAGCUGAGAGGCGCAGAGAUUUUCUCCAGUGGAUGCUCGACUCCCGCGACUCAGCUGACUCCCUGGCAGCUGGGUGUUUGGAUGUGAUCAGUCCAUCUGCCGCUUCCAGCCAGAAUGAGGCACCUCUUGCUGGCAGGGCCCCAUCUGAAAAGGUUCAGAAGACGUUAACAGAGGAUGAGAUAGCAGGCCAAGCUUUCCUGUUCCUGAUUGCUGGGUAUGAGACCACCACUAGCACACUGUCCUUUGCCACAUACUUGCUAGCCACCAACCCAGAGUGCCAGGAGAAGGUGCUUCAGGAGGUUGAUGAGUUCUCAGCAAAACACAUGGUCCCUGAUUACCAAAAUCUACAAGGACUCCCUUAUCUGGACAUGGUGAUUGCAGAGACAUUACGCAUGUACCCACCUGCAUUCAGGUUCACUCGGGAGGCAGCUAAAGACUGCAUAGUGCUGGGGCAGCGUAUUCCAGCUGGGGCUGUCAUUGAAACCGCAGUUGGACAUCUCCACCACAACCCUGAGUUCUGGCCAGAGCCUGAGAAGUUCAUUCCCGAGAGGUUUACAGAGGAGGCCAAGAAGGAACGACAUCCCUUUGCAUACUUGCCUUUUGGGGCAGGACCCCGUGGCUGCAUUGGCAUGAAAAUGGGUUUGCUGGAGACAAAAAUGACUCUGCUGAGGAUUUUGCAGAAGUUUAAAUUUAAGACCUGCCCAGAGACUGAGAUUCCUUUGCAGCUGAAAUCAAAAGCCACACUUGGACCGAAAAAUGGAGUCUACAUUAUGCUAGAAUCUCGCUAAAUGAAAAUGUACAUCCUGAAGCCUCCUGGGAUGGGACCCUUUGUUCAGUGACUCACUGGGUAUAAUCAUUUUUCAAAACCCCAAAGACAGGUAGGAGCCUGUCUCAUUGAUGGUAGAUGUAGUAGAUGCUGCCUCACUGCCCUCUUGUGGGAGAGCCUCCAGUCACUUUUAUCAAUGAGACAUGGGCUCCACGGUCUUUUUGGUGGUUUUCAAAUUGCUGUGAAUAGUAUCUGUGGAGAAGCAUCCCACUUUCACUUGCUUUUCUACAUUAUGCUUUCUUUCACUCAUCUUUGAGAAUGCUUUCUUCAUGCUCAAGUUCAAUAAAUGGAGCAGAUGUUAAGCAUACACACACUCUAAAAUAUAUUUUAAUUAAAAUUGUUUCUCUCACAUAUCCUUUUCAUGCACUUGUAAGUCCAUGCUCUAGAAAAAGUCCAAGAGACACCACAGUUAUAGCAGAAGACUUGGGAUCCAGCGCACUGGAUUUUAUCAUGAACUCCGCUAAACACCAAAGCUGAGUUUCCUGCACAAUGCUUAAUCUCUCCCUGUGUCUGUAAAGCGGAAGGGGUUGCACCUUCUUCGUGCUUUUAAAAUGAUUUCAAAUACACUUAGAUCAACAAUUUGCACUUGGCACAUUGCAUUGACAUGACUGAAAAGGAAUGAAGAGUUCCCCUGCUUACCAGUUAAGUUCCAGUAAUAAGACCAAAGAAAUGAGGUGACAGCCAUUUUGCUGGCUGCUGAGCUGCGGUUGGAAGGGUGGAGAAAAAGAAGAUACAAAUUUAAAGAAAGCAAGAGGACUGGAGGAAAUUUAAGGGUAAUCAGAAGGUGUUGGUACAACAUCUGCUUCAGGCUGAGACCUUUUCCUUUCCAGCCAUUGCAGUUGGCACCAUCUUUGCUGGGUCAUUGACUCAAGGAAAUUGAGUGCUGCAUGCACUAGAGCCAACGGCAAAGGAGUGGGUCCAGGAUCAUCAGUCUCAGCAGCUCUCUUGAUUCCUUAUGUGACCCUGGCGCAGGUCACAUCCCACGUGCCUCACUCCACUUGGGAGGGAACUUGUCCGAUUGCCAGCUGCAGCAGCAUCAUGGAUCCAUUCAAGCUGCAUGACUGUGCACAUGCAUCUUCACAGCCAAGGUGGCUGUAUGCUUCCACUCUUCACAUUCCCUCCGUGCUCUUAGUGGAGCAUCGGACAGCAGUGAUCAAUUGACCAGAAAAAAUCAACCACCUUUCCUUCAUUGGGCACCACAAACUGGUUGGUUGUACAACUGUGCUGGUUUUGGCUGGAAUAAUUUUCUUCUCAGCAGCUAGUAUGGGGCUAUAUUUUUUGGAUUUGUAUUUUGUUACUGCUGAGCAGGGCUUACACAGAGUCAUGGCCUUUUCUGCUUCUCACCCCACCCCACCAGCAAGUGGGCUGAGAGUGCACAAGAAGUUAUGAGGGGACACAGCCAGGACAGCUGACCCCAACUGACCAAAAGGAUAUUCCAUACCCUAUGACACCAUGCUCAGCAUAUACAGCUGGGAGAAAGAGAAGGAAGGGGGAAUGUUCGGAGUUAUGGCAUUUGUUUUCCAAGUAACCAUUACAUAUGAUGGAGCCCUGCUUUUCUAGCGAUGGCUGAACACCUGCCUGCUAAUGGGAAGCAGUGAAUGAAUUCCUUGUUUUGCUUUGCUUGUGUGUGCAGCUUUUGCUUUACCCAUUAAACUGUCUUUAUCUCAA